AUGAAACAGCUAGUAAAACUAGAGAGCACCUUGAAUAACGCAGCCGUGCGAAGACAGUUCACAACAGAUGACUUGAAAGAGGCCCUAGGAGUGCGUGCACUUGAUUUUGAUCUGGCCCGAUUCUCUGCGCAGCUUUUAAUAUUGCCGGCUCUUUUAUGCAGCCUUGAUUCCCUCACAAUUGACACCAUAUUGAGGACACUACAGGCAAAAUCCGAGGAAAUUCGUGAACUGCUGAACCAAGUCGUAAAAUAUACGAAACUUCUUCAUUCUGUGCCUGCAUCUGUCGCCUCGGGGGAGCGCUCGUUUAGUGCCUUACGCCGAAUUAGAACAUAUCUACGCAGUCUUAUGAGUCAGGGGAGGCUAAUACACCUCCUUAUUUUGCACAUUCAAAAAGAAAGAACCGCCGAGCUCAACCUGGACGACAUCAUCAAGAAAUUUUUCUUCAGGACGGCUGAGCGAACGGCGACCUUUGGUCUUCCUUGA